AUGGCACUCACACCCCUCUCGAAUGGUUUGAGCAGCGAGCUGAGGGUGGAGUCGGCAGACUGCCGGUUGGUGUGUGCAUUUUCUCCCUUUGCUGCGCGUCAGAAUUCGUCUCUCCUUUCACAGCCCAUCCCACCCCCCACAGCCCAGCAUCCCAACCCGCAUGGCGCUCACACCCCCCCCGGGCACCAGCGGCAGUGGGCUGAGGGUGGAGGCGGCAGACCCGGCAUCCCAACCCGCAUGGCGAUUACAGCCAUGCCUGAUGGCUCUGGCAGCGAGAUGAGUGUGGAGGCGUUGGACCGCAGUGGCUGGCAGCGAGCUGAGGGUGGAGGUGGCAGACCGGCGAGUGUGCCGACCCGAAUGGCGCUCACGCCCCUGUCAGACAACACGGGCAGCUCACUGAGGGUGGAGGCGGCGGACCGGCCGGGGCUGCUGAUGGUGAUCGUGGAUGUGCUGACAGGAAUGUCCGUCAGCAUGACGUCAGCAGAGAUCGACACCGAGGGCGUGGUGGCGAAGGAUGUGUUCAUGGUGUCGUACCAUGGGGGGCCACUGGAUGAUGAGAUGAUCACGUCAUGCACCACUGCUGUCAGUCAUGCACCACUGCUGUCAGGCAUGCACCACUGCUGCCAGUCAUGCACCACUGCUGCCUAUCAUGCACCACUGCUGCUGCCCAUCCAUCAUCACCCCUGCUCCCCCACCUCAUCUUGCCUCUCGUCUCUGCUCCACCUCACACCCCUCUCAACACUCUCAACUACUUUCGCUUUCCCCUCUACUCUCUCCUGGCGUACUCCCACUACUCUCAAGCUCGAUCCCUCUUUCCAUCGUAUACACUUUCUCUCUCCUCCGUCAAAGCCCCCCUCCCUCCCCCCGACCACCCCCUCGUCCCCUUUCUUCUCCUCCCUUUCUCUGACCUUCUGA